CGGGGCGGCGCGGCGGGCACCGGGCGCGGGCAGAGCUGCGGGCACGAGCGACUCCGGCGUCGCCGCCGCCGCUGCUGUCGGGCGGAUCUGCGCUUGUGCGGGAGCUUUUUUUUUUUUUUGCCUUUUUUUUUUUUUUUUUUUUUUUAUCUCUCUCCCCCCCCCCCCCCCCCCAAUCGCUUUACUUUUGCAGCCCGGAGCGGGGACAUUAUGCCGAAGAGAAAGUCUCCAGAGGGUGCUGAAGGCAAGGAUGCAGCAAAAGUAACUAAGCAAGAGCCCACAAGACGAUCAGCAAGAUUGUCAGCUGUUGUGGAAAUGUGGCUACGUCUCUGUGAAAGAAAACCUGCUCCACCAAAACCUGAACCUAAACCAAGGAAAACCACUAAGAAGGAACCUGGAACAAAGGCCAACAAAGGUGCUAAAGGAAAGAAGGAUGAAAAGCAAGAAGCUGCAAAGGAAGGUACUACACCAUCUGAAAAUGGUGAAAAUAAAGCUGAAGAGAUUCGCAUCUCUCGCUCAACUGUUAGUGUUUCAACAUCCAGAGGUGCCCCACCCAGCACACUGUCAGUAAAAGGGCAGAUUGAAACAGUCAAAGUUAAGGGCUCAGAAAACUGAAUCUGUAGGUGACAAGAACGAAUGAAUUAUCAUGAAAAUUUUGGGUUGAUUUUAUGUACCUCUCAGACAACUUUUAAAAGAUAUUUUUAUCAAGUAUUUUGUAAAUGCUAAUUUUUUUAGGACUAUGAUAGUUGACAUAUUAAGCUGUAUAUGAACAUUUCCCUUAUCAUAACAGUGCUUUUAGAAAUUCCAUUGUUGCCAAGUAAUAUGAAUAUCAAAUUAAUAUUGCAAGGUGUGUGCAAAAUUGGAUCAGCAUUCCAUACACUUGCUUUAAGAAAUCAAGUCUUGUGCAUAUGGUGAUGUUUUUACUGUGCGUAUUUGAAUUUUUCAUGCAGUUUUUCUAGAGCAAUAAUCAGUGGUGCUUUUGUACUUAGGGUUUAUGUGAUUUUAAUGAAACAUGGAUAGAUGUGGCCACCUGCUGACUAUUUUGGGUUCUUUUAAUGGAUUAAAAUAAAAGGUCUCCUUGCCUGCAAAACUCCAGUCUCCUAAUGUUUUCUCUAAAUCUGAGGAAUGCCUUACUCAUAUUUUCAGCUAUUACAAAGAGAACUAGAAAACUAAGUGAUUUAGCAACUGUUGUGUUUUGCAUGCAGUCUGUUUGCUAUUUUUUUUUCUGACCUCUGAUUAAAAAAUACCACACGAGUAGCAGUUUGGGAUUUUCAGUGGCCCAUGAGUUAAGGCACUUAUAAUUUCUUCAGAUACUCUGUCACAGGGUGAAUAGAGUUGCCAUAGUAUGUCAGGAUAUUGUGUCUAUAGUGAGAUACCAACACAGAAUGAAUUGCUUGAUUGCUACAGACGUACAGUAACUACUAGGAGCAGCUUUGUUUCUCCCCCAUUCCCUUUUCACUAACUAGGGCAUAUUUGUAUCUUACUCCAUGGAAAUCCUUGUUUCUGUGUGAAGCCUCAAAUUUAUUAUAAACUAGUAAUUGCUGUUCUACCUCAGCUGAGGACAGUUACUAAUAUAUUGAAAUUGCUGUUAAACAGCACUAUAUAUUUGGUACCUAGUAGAGAUGAAACAAUGAAAGUUAUUUUUGAGGUGAUUGUGGCAAUAUAAUGAAUUAGCCAAUGAGUUUUAGUAUCUAUGUUUCAACUCUUCAGCUCAUUCUAAGCACCUUUUGAUAAUUUUUUUUUCCUUCUUACUCUUUUCUGUAGGGAUCCUGAUAUUUCUAUUAUUACUUCUGGGAUGGGAGGGGUGAGAGAAAAAAUGUUCCCUGUUCUUCAGUAGCAUUGAUUUGUACUGCUCAAGUGGUGGCCAUUAUAUCUGAGGAUACUUUUGCUUGUUUAAGUCAAUAAAUAAAUGACUGCUACCUGA